UAAAAAUAGUAGUAAACUCUCAGAUUAAAAUUAACGUAGGUUACUACUUAAAAUAAAGUUUAAUUAUAAAUUAUGCGUUACGUUUUGAAGAUUUAUUUUAUAGAGAUAUAAUUUCAAUUUAAUAAAAAAAUGAGUUUUAUUAAAUUAAGAUUCUUAAAAUAAUAGAAAAUUUUAGUGUGUCGGAAAUAUAAAAGAUUUAAAUGUAUAAAUGUUGAAUUUUUUUUAUUAAAUAAGAAUAAAUCUCAGGGGUUUCAAAGCUACUAGUUGGGCGCCAAUUGUAAUAAACCAAAAAUAAAAAGAAAGAAAAAGAAAAUAAGAAAAUAAAAUAAAAAUGUGAUUGUGGUAGUAGUGGGGUAGAAUAAGAGAAAUAGUUAGUGGUAGUAGAUUAUUAUAGAUAUUAUUUAUUAUAAGUUUUGUAGUUUUAAUAUCUUCAGUUUUAUUUAAAUUAAUUUUCACAUUAAUUAUUUCUCUCAUUAAUUAUUAAUGGUUUAUCACGCAAUAGAUUGUUGGAAGUUUGAAAGCAUAGAUUAAAUUGUACUUACCUUACUUCCUGUGUAAUACAAUAAUAUUUCAAGUAAUCCAGUGUUGAUUUCCGCAUUAAACGCACUACGUAUACGAUUUACACUAUUCGCCAUAUAGUCUAUAUAAUUACUUAUAAAAACGAUUUAAGAUUUUUAAAUAUUAUGAUUUAAUUACACAAAGUCCAAGACUGAUCUUUCUUGUAAAAGAUUCUACACACUCUAUAUCUUAUUAUAAUGUAAUUUAUAAUCUGUAUUUAUUAAUUUUUUACGUGCGUUGAAUAAAUAUUUUUUUUGAAAGAGUAUUUUUUUUAUUGAGAGAUCGAUAUCAAUAUUUUUUAAAUUUUCCUCUGGCCUGGCCAAAACAAGAUUCAGAAAUAUCUAUAUCUAUGUAAAAAAAUUAUCAAGGCAGAAUUGUGGUGGCCCAAUGUGUCCCGGCACUAGAAAGCGCCUUAAAAGGAUGCGGCACAAUAAUCACCAGGAUAAAAUUUAAACACUACAAAUAUAUUCGUAAGUUUCUCUGCGUUGUCUGCCAACGCGAUGUUUCUUAAAAAAAAGACAUUAGUAGAUUUUGUGUCUUUAAAAAUCGCUUUUUAUAGUCUGAAGGGGUAGCCUAGCGAUCUCUACCGUGAUCCUUGAAGCUGAGGCUUUGUAUUCUAAUUGGUUAAUUAUAAAAAGAAUCCUGCGUAUGGGCGUUACUUAAUUAUUUCUACAAGAGGGAGAUUUUUUGCAUGAUUAAAGGGUUAUUUUGUAUUUUAAAUAAGAGAACCCUGUUUUAGUGAUCUUGUAUAAUUAUAAUAUGUGACAUACAUGUACAACAAUAAUAAUGAAUAGAAAACACAGUUUCUUCUCUAUUUAUUAAACUAUCGUAGUUUUUAGGAAAUCAAAAAUGUAUUUAAUUCGAUAAAAUUUUGAAAAUGAAUAUAUUCAAUGUUAAAGAAUAAUAAAAAAAAUUGUUCAAAUCAAUUUUCGAGAAUUACCCGGAAUAUUCAUUAAUAACCAAAAAGAUUAUCAUAUUAUAAUUGUAGCAGUAUUUCUGGUUUGAAUAACAUUUCCAUGGCAACCAUUUAUAUAUUUAUAAAUAAUGAUGAUUUUCACAUAAAAAUCAUUUUCGAUCUAAUUAAGUAAAUCAAUAUUUUUUGAUAAAAAAUGGUUAAUAUUAUUACACGAAUAAUAAGAAUUGCCAAGAAGAAACUUGGGUUAAGGAAAAAACGCAAUGGUAAUUCUAUGCACAUUUGAACGUUUGCUAAAUUUAUUUUCUCUAUUUAUGAUUAAUUCUUACGUGUUACAGUCAUUAUAAUUUUUUUUUUUACGUUAUUAAUUUUUAUUUUAUUUAGUCACCUCAGUAGAUUAUGGAACACAAACAAACAAAUUGACAAAUGAUAUAAACGGUCAAAUAAAAUCUGUUCCAGAAGCACAUAUUUUGGAGUCGCAGAAUAAGGAAGUUCAAGACAUUGCAGUUCAGACAUCUUUAUUAACCUCUGAGAAACUUACUCAGACUAAUAUUAAACUUAUGUUUAAUGUGUCUGAGACACAAACAGAAUUGUCCUUACUGAAUUCAUUAAAUUGUGAAACGCAAACUGACGUGUCAUUAGAAAAUAUUAUUUCAAAUAAAAAAUCUUUGCAUGAGCGUCGUAAUUCAAUUUCAAUAUUAAAAAAUUAUAUGCACACUGGUUCUCAGUGUUGUCUCUUACCUACUACAAACGAGCCCCUUUUAGACACUAUAAAGAAAUUACCUUUAAAAGUAAAUAAUUGCGUUGAGGAAGGAAUUAAUCCUUCAACGACACUUAAUGACACUCAAGAAAAGACUGAACCGUAUGUGACAAAAAAACACAUAACCACUGAAGGUAAAUUUGAACAAAUUUCUAAUAGAAAUAUCACAUUAGUUGAUGAAAUUAUAGAACAUGAUGAUUUGAAGUCAUGUAUUUCGUUUCCUUUAGAAGCAUCUAAAGAAGUAGAUGCGGUGUAUGAUUGGUCAAAUGCUGUAGAGGACUUCAAUAAAACAUACUUGAAUGUAGGUGUAGUGAAUAAGCAGAACGGAUCUCAGGUCGACAAUGGUCUACAAUUAUAUACUCUGGAUAAUGUUCCUCAACUUCAAUUAAGGAAUAUUUAUGAUUAUAGCAUGAGAGUGCUGUACUGUCAAGCAGAUUUUUUUUGCAUGACAAAAGUCAAAAAUGAAUAAAUAAUAAGAACUAUGGAAAAUAUUAUGAAUGUAUAUUAUAAACAUACACAAGAUUGUAAUUUUAAACCACGACGUGAUGAACUUUGUGCCGUUAAAUAUAGUAAUCAACAAUUUUAAUUAUUAAAAUACUAUGAAGAUAAAUAAACUUCAUACGGAUUUAUGAUAGACAUUUGAUUAGUCAACUAAAAUAAUUUAUUAGUACCUUUUUUCUUUCAUAUGAGUGCAUCGUAACUCAUAACAUUCAAACAUUGUCUUUAAUUGAGAAAUAUUAUACCAAAAAAAAAAAAAAAUUUCCAUUAUUUUCUUCUUAAUAUAUCUAUUUUAAUUUAGGUGACGGUAACUGGUAUAGAGGAGUUUGUACUGGUGUUGAAAAUACCGUGGAUGGAAGUCAAUUUUAUAAUAUUAAUUUAAUCGAUUGGGGAGAAACGGUUUCUGUAAUAUCAGCUGAACUGCGUAGAUUGGAAACGUUUUAUAUGAAACACGCGCCUUUGGCAGUUAAAUGCAUUAUAUCGGGUAUCUAUAAUAUUAUUAGUUUAUUCGUUGAAAACUCAACAAUUUUUUUAUUUUAGAUCUCAAAUUAUCUAACGCACGUAAAAAAACUCUGCGAAAACUGACGAAUAAUGUAUAUAAAUACAAAGUCAAUUUAAGUCUUGGUACCCGUAACUAUUUAAUAUCUUCGAAAACAAUUCUGGACAUAUUACGUUAUCGUUAAGAUUAUUGAUAUUCUGUUAUGUAUUAUAUAUUUUUGUCCAGUAGUCAAAUAAUUAAGUUAACUUGUGUUUAAAGAAAUUGUUUACUGCUUUCAUUAUAUAAUUUAAAAUAAUAAUAUUUACUUAGAUUGUUUAAGAUAAAUUUGUAUAAUUAAAAUAUUGUAUUCUAUUUAUUAGAUCGUUUUCCUUUAAUAAUUAGUAUUGAGAUCUUGAACAAGGCAAAUUAACAAAGGUACAAAUAGACAAUUGAAAAAAACAUUGUAUUUAGAGUUUCCUUGGAUUACAAGUAUUAUUAUAAUUGUUUGAACGCAGCGGCCGGUGGUAUUCACGCGGGUUCGUUAACGUUCGUGGUUUUGUUUUGUCUUAAGUUUUUAGCUAUGUCGAGGAUGAGGAAUAAGGUGAGUGGACUGUAUGUUUGAAUGUAGAAUGAAUUUCACAAGAUAUAAUUAUAACGAUUAAAUGUAUUAUACAAGAAAUAUAAAAUCUUAUAUACACCGAUGUGGAUAGGGGGGACACUUAAUACUAAUGCCACUAAGGCGAUGAUAUAAACAAAUAAUAAAUUAUACAAGCGAGUGUUAGAAAGAUAAAUGAACAAGCAUUAUACUUAUCUGCUAAAUGAAACGGCUGAUGAUAAUGUUGAAUAUUGAAAGGAUCAAUUGAAGUCGAAUGCAAGUAGCUGACCAAAGUGUACAAUUAGUUGUCAACGGUAUCGUAAAGUAUCUCAGAAAAUAUAUAGACCCAACGGCGAUGAACUGAGCGCACGGGGUACGACAAUCGCAAAGGUGAUAUUUUCUUUUUACAUUAAAAACGAAUAGAAAAAAAACUGGCUCGCAAACGCCAUAGAGCUUAUAGCAGAAGAAGCGUUAAGAUGGCGGCGACAAUGGUGACAUAGAGAGAAAACCGACAACAACUCGAUGUAGCACAACGAUAACAUGAUUAAUCAAAAACACAUUUUCUUGACAGCACAUUCGAUCGAUGUGUAUCCAACAAUAAUAAUGAAUAGAAAACACAGUUUCUUCUCUAUUUAUUAAACUAUCGUAGUUUUUAGGAAAUCAAAAAUGUAUUUAAUUAGAUAAAAUUUUGAAAAUGAAUAUAUUCAAUGUUAAAGAAUAAUAAAAAAAAUUGUUCAAAUCAAUUUUCGAGAAUUACC